UCUUCUCAGGGUAUCACCAGUGACCCUGAAGUCCUCCCUACCACAGAGGAACCUAUCACUGGUGACCCUGAAGUAAAUGAGGACUGGCGUCAAGACCUAUCAUUGGAGGAGCCAGUCACUGGUGACCCUCAAAUCGAUGAUGGCUGGAGUGACGACGUCUUCCGAGAUGUAGUCGGUGAUUUGUCCGAAUGGAGUGCCGACGUCCUCCAUGCUCUCGACAGUGUCAUGUGCAAGUUUAACGACGACUCCUUCCAAACUCCUGUUGAUGAUGCACCUGACAUGAGUGAUGACGUCCCUGAAGCUUCAGAUGGACUAGCAGAGGACACUGUGGCACCUCAGCUGAGCCAGCCGCAGGAUGAUGAGAGAACAAUUAUGGAAAUCAAUUCCUUGAGCUAUGAAAUCGGUGAUCAACUGGGUGAAGGAGGCUUUGGAACCGUUUAUGCUGCGACUUGUUUGGAAGAUGACCGUCAGGUGGCGGUGAAAUUUGCUUCCAGCGAGUAUGCAAAAUAUGUCCACAUUGACGGUUAUUCCAGACCCGUUCCACUUGAGGUCGCUCUGCAAAUGUUUGCCAAUCAAGGGCCCAGGGUUCCUCAGAUCAUCGAGCUCCUGGACUGGAAGGAUGAGGACGAGGACGAUUACUACAUUAUGGUCCUAGAGCGGCCCAUGCCCUGUCAGUCCUUGCAUGACUACUUACGGAACUAUACGGGCACCAUUGAUGAGGAUUUAGCACGGAUUAUUAUGGGAGAAGUGGCGUUCGCAGCUCAAAUAUGCUGCCAGCGUGGAGUGUUUCACCGGGACAUUAAACUGGAAAACCUGCUGAUUAACCCGGGCACCCUCGAAGUCAAACUGAUUGACUUUGGAUGUGGUGAUUUCCUCACCAGUGCGGGUUACACGUCCUUUGCUGGCACAGAAGAGUACCGCCCCCCCGAGUAUGAGAUGUACGGCGUGUAUCAUGGGGAACCAGCGACAGUGUGGUCCCUCGGGAUACUGUUGUUCGUAAUACUUUUCUGGGAAUAUCCAAGCAGACGAGACCUGCGUAUGAUCAGUAAGAACGUCUGGAAAAAAGAGGGCUUGUCAGAAGAAUGCUGCGAUUUUAUUCUCUGUUGUCUGCAGAGGAGCCCAAGGAAACGGAUUGAACUGCAGAAAGUCAGUCUCCACGACUGGUUUAAGAUGGCUGACGUGGAGAAUAACAACAGAACAAUUAUGGGACAGUCUAAUACCAUCAACCUAACCUACAACACAGAGACAUGAGGAGGGGGAAAAAGAAAAUAAUGUCCCCAAGCCUCCAGAGUUUAAUUUAGAAAUUCGAAAAAAGGACUGGUUGAGCCAUCCUGCCAUUUCAUUGGCUCUUGCCUGCAACAUGAUCCACACCAGUAGCUUUAACUGGAAUAUAUAUGCCAGCAACUAUCACCCUGUAGCCCUGUAGUCCACUGAAGCUAAGCAGGGUUGAGCCUUGGUCAGCAUCUGGAUGGGAGACCUCCUGGGAAAACUACGUUGCUGCUGGAAGAGGUGUUAGUGAGGCCAGCUGCAGGUCCUAACGCCCCAGUAUAGUGAUGGGGACACUAUACUGUCAAAAAAGCACCAUCCUUCGGAUGAGACGUUAAAUCGAGGUCCUGUCUCUCCGUGGUCAUUACAAAUCCCAGGAUGUCCUUCGAAAAGAGCAGGGGUGUAACCCCGGCAUCCUGGCCAAAUUUGCCCAUUGGCUUCUAUCCAUGAUCAUGGCCUCCUAAUCAUCCCCAUACAGUAUAAAUACUGAUUAUCUAUAUAAAUUCACUUCCAGAAUUAUAAAAAAAAAAAAUUUAAUUAUUUAUUUAUAAAAAAAAAAAAAAAUUAUAUUCUCUACAACAACAGUGUAAUUUAUAACUGCUGAAAGAAAAGUGUUUUGCUGGAUCUUUAAAUGUUCACUCUCCCAGAAGAAACAGAUGAGAGCAGUAAUAAAGAUGACAUGAGUUCAGAGGUCAGUGGGAGAUAAAGGGUCUGACAUAUAAGAGUGUCCACACUAAAGAAAAGACAAAUCUUUUUAAAAUGUAGUUUAAAACACACAUGCCAAUUUCAUAGAAACAAAUUUUUUAAUUCACAAUUUCCAAGAAAUGUUUUGUAUAAAGUUUGUAAAAAUUUAAAAGUAAUUUUUAAAAUAAUAAGGUUUUAUUAAUAUUAUUCAUUUGUAAAUAUUGGUAAGUUUUUGAGGAGUCAUAUGACAUUUUAAAACAAGAAAUGAUGUUUUAUUAACAAAGUUCGGGAGGAGCAGGUUCAGAUAAUUAACAGAAGUGGAAAGCAUUCAGUUAAUCAACUCGCAUGAGGUAUAAAUAUAGCAGGCUUACCUCUAUUCGUUUGACAGUUUAUCAGCAUUAGGCCCUGCCCUACGUUUCCAACAUGUCCGAAAUCGAGUUCUCGCCAUCAAAUGAAAAAUUUUUCAUCCUCAAGGAAUCUUUACUGCAAUCCUCUGGCCUAAAGCACGAUUAUCCUCCGUCUAGAACCACCGCCGUUCCCUCUGUGUUAUCUCACAGGCGUCAGCCCAAACAAACCGGUCCCAGCACGCCGAGGCCUACCCUUGCCACCACGGGCAAAACAUCCACGAUCUCUUCCCUUGUCUUUCUCUACUCCAGCCCAUUCAAUCGUUCCGGCCAUAAGAAAUAGACAGUAAGGCCCGUCGAGCACCAAGCUCGCGUCUCGGGCAGUGGCGCUCUCUUCCUGCAAAGGAACGGGCCUUCCUCCAGCGUCAGGCCGCUGCAACAGGCCCUCAGCAGGUAUGCCGCAGAUUCAGUUUUGGCCAGCUCCCACUCUCAACCCCUGUUGGCUCAAAACCGUAAGAGCACAGCUCAAAUCCUUGUUUUCUGCCCUGGUUGAAUUUCACUUCUGGCUUCAGUUGCUAAACCACGAGCACAGUUUAUGUUAUCUGAAUACUCAUUUCGAUCAGAGUAAAAGUUUUCGUACAAGUGAUUUGCCAUUCUAACUAAGGCACUGUCUCCUUGUAGCUUAAACGCACGCGUACAAACAGCAGCUCGCACAUUACGUGCAGUCAGAUCACACGCACAGUCGAACACAGAAUUAUUAAGAACUUUUUGUCAGUGCCGUCCUGCGAUUUUUUUUUUUUUUAACAAAGUUGAUUAGAAACUGAAAGUUAUAUAGCGUAUAUGAGUUUCUGUUUUGAAGUAAUUUAAACCCAGCUUCACUAUUGUUAAAGAGACGCCAUACAGACUGGUAGGACAAAUUCAUACACGCAUUCAUUCUCACUAAUGCGUUCAAAUAAAUUCCACUUCAUCUAUAUCUGAUUUACAAUGAACAGAAAUUAGUAAGUAAUGUAAAGACUCAGAUAACUGAUGAAAAUAAACAGUUAUGUUGAGGGUUCCUCUUAGUGAUGGGAGAAACUAAGCUUUUCGAAGCUUUGAAUCAAUUGAGCCAAUUGCUUCGCAAAAUGAUAACUGUUUCGAAGCACUCAACGUCACACACGGAGCCCCGGACAUGACAUGCAGGAAAAAAAUAGU